UUGGACCGAUGCCAGGUCCAUCCCGUGACUCAUUCCAUCAUCUGUGGGAGGGACUAAGUGGCCGACAGGUAAAUAAAAGGAGGGUCGGGGCUCUCACCUCCAAAGUGAGUCCUACUUCCCUCCCACGUCCGUGUGACCAGCCAGCAGCUGCUGCCUGAGCCAUGAAGCUGGUGAUAGUGCUCAUGCUGACUGCCCUCCCCCUUUUCUGCUAUGCCGAAUGGAGGAUUCAGACCAUUGCCCAUAAGCUCUCUGAAUGUCUGUCUCUGCUGGGAGGUUCUGGCUGCCAAGACUUAGAUUAUGUGAUUGAAAAGAUCCUUGAUCCCCAAGAGUCCAAGACUGAAUUCAUCCAAGACCUUGAGGAGUACAUCCCUGGUGGGAUUACUGAGAUGGCCCUCAGGGAGUUUAAGCAGUGCUUUCUGGACCAGAACAGCGAAACCCUGAACAACUUUGGCGUGCUGGUGGUAAUGGUGGCUUCUUCUUCCCGCUCUGGCUGCUCCGGCCGGGGACCAGUGGGCUCUCAGUUCUCUACUAACUACUUUUUUCUUAGUCACUAUUUUUUAAGAUGUAUUUUUAUUGAUUUCAGAGAGGAAGGGAGAGGGAGAGAGCGAGAGAAACUUCAGUGAUGAGAGAGAAUCAUGGGUUGGCUGCUUGCUGCACGUCAACUAC